UGCCAUAUAAAAAUUGUUCAUCCGCAAAUACUGCAAUUGCUUGGACCAAAUUCAAUUUUUGGGUUCAACAACCUAAAUAGCGCAAACAUUAUGGAAUGCAAACGCUUUUUUGAAAAUAUUACUAGUAUUGUGAUUUAAGUGUGAUGAUUUUAAAUAUCUUAAAUACAGAUAUAGAAAGUCUUAAUCAUCAUCAAUAUGCUUCAUUUGAGAACUGCGUUUAUUACUUCCUCGCAAAUCGCGCUCAGCAACAGGUUGCCUCGUCAGGACUUCAUUUUGGCACUGCCUCUCUCCAGCCUAUUGCCUCCAUGCCACCAAACUAUAGUCAGAUCAGAUUGCUUGUUGCCAAAAUUACUAUUCAGCACUUUCAAUUGAAUGAAUUUCUUCGCAGCCUUGACAUUGUUGGUUAUCUAGAGUUGAGAUGGAGAGAUGAACGCCUUGUUUGGGAGCAGUCUCAAUUUAAAGUUCCACAAAUCCGUAUAGGUUCUGCAAGUCAUAUUUGGGUGCCUUACUUAACAGGACAGGGAUACGAAACAGCUUUACACAAUGAUAAUGAACAAAUGGAAGUCCGUAAGAUAGAAGUUAAAAAUACUGGAAAUGUUUCAGCAAUAAUGGGCUUCAAGUUUUCAACUUUCUGCGACGAUACUGACUUUAAACAUUUUCCGAAUGAUAUUUAUAAGUAUUAA